UCGACUCUACAGUCGAACGGGGGAAAAAAGCCAACUCUUUCACAGAGAUUAGUCUCUAGACUGAACUUUCAUUCACAACGUGUGAGACACACAAUGGCUCUGGACCAGCUUCUGCUCUACAAAGAUUUGGAGAAGGCUCCGUUAUCCAGUGAUCUUGAGUCACUGGGUAUUACCACUUAAAACAGAACGAGUUGCCUGCCAGAGGAAACUAAUUAACAUUGGAUGUUAUAUGGUGAGAUACAUCUUUGUGAUGGAUUAUAUGUUCAAAUAUGCUCUUUUUCUACAAACUGUAGCAACAAACAGUACCCUGCAUAUGACAGAAAUGCUGACAGUGGAAAGAAAAUUGUCAACUGGCAAUAUCACAUUUAAAAACUGCUUUAAGAAAAUCUGUAGUUCACAUCAGUAAUCCACAGCUGGUAAAGCUUUGUAGUUCGUAAUGCAUAUGCUUUUAAAAGUAAUAAAGGAUUCAAUGUGUUUUUACACAGUGUGUCUACACUGAUAAUUUAACACUGAAUUUUCGUACACUGAAAUCAUGGUAUGAUUAUCAGUGAGGAAAAAUAGAAUAUUAUCUAAAAACUUUGUCAAAAUGACCUCUGAGGAAAUGGCAGCUUCUGUACUUGUGUCUGUGACACAGGGUAAAGUGAUACCUGAUCAGUCAGCUGGAGAUGAAAAUAGUGAAAAUGCUUUGGACACCAACGUUAUAAAAAGACAUAUUGCUAAUCAAGGAAGGCAGACUACACAUACUUUCUCGUACUUACACAGACUUAAAGAAGAACAUCUUCAGGGCUCGCUGCCCAAAAUUUUCUCUUUGGCAAAUGGAGAAGAAAUGACUGAUAACAGGAAUAAUGAAAACUUCUGGGAGAAAAACACAUGCAUCCCUGGUUCAGUGGAGUUUCUUAACAUGAAUUGCAACAUUAUAAAGAAAAAAUGCAAGAGCAGUGUUCCGCAUAACCAGUUACAUAAAUCAUGUGAUUCUUUAGCAGAAGAACACACAUGCUUGGAAACUGGAAUUUCUACUUCACAGGAAAGGACCAUGUUUGCUGAAAUUCAGUUGAAGAUGGAUAGACCUUCAGUAGAGAUGAAGUCAUUAAGAAACCAGUCAGUGGUAAAUAAAAGUGGCACCGAUGAUGUUGAUAAUGUAGCAGUGUUUCACUUUCGCUAUGCUAGUGAAAGAAAUAUAUCAAAAGCUUUGUGCACACUACACAACAGCUUCAUUUUGGGUGAUUGUUUACAGCAUGUAAAUGUUGGUAAUGAUCACACCAGUGAUUCAACAGCCUGCACUUGUAAAUUAAUGGAAUUGACAAAUAAUUGUGACAAUAAAAAUGGACAACAGUUGUGUGAUAACUGUGACACUUUAAGGGACAAGUUUUUAUGUGUGGAAAGAGCAGCACGAAAGGUUAGAGUGGCAUGCUCAAGUCACAGCUUCUAUGGUGGUAAUUUUACUGGAAAAAUGCCCUCGAAGCCUUUUCUGAGUCAUUUUGAAGAUUGCAGUGAUAAUUGUGAAGAAGGGAUGGAGGAAUUUUAUAGAAACAAAAAGGAACGUUCCACUUUACUAAUCAGACGUUUUUGUAAAAAUGAUAAGGAGGUUAAAAAAUCAGUUUAUACUGGAACCAGGGCAAUUGUUAGGACUUUACCUUCAGGGCAUAUUGGAGAUGUUGCUUGGGAUUAUGUGGAGCAGAGGAGAAACAAGAGUGACUUAAAGCAUUGUAGGAUUAUCGCAAAACAUGUAACUAUUCAAGCCUUAAGUCAGGAAUUAAAUUCUGAUCUUGUGAAAUCCAUAGGGUGUGAGAUCUACAAUGCAGUGAAGGAGGAAGAGUCAGCGGAAGAUACUUUUGAAUAUCGUCUCCAUCUUCUGAGAGAGCUUCCAACACUAAAUGCAGAUUGCAGAUGCAAAAAUGUCUCUUUUGUAAAACCAUGUGUAGAAAGUGCUUGCUCUGAAUACCGUGCCACUUUACAAAGGACAUCACUCUCUAACUUUAUCACUGGUGCUCUACUAGAAGCAACUACAUCACUGGGAGCAAGAAGUGGUCUUCUAAACAUCUUUGGAGGGUCAACUGGAAGAACGAUGCUUAAAGAACGUCAACCGUGCACAUCUAUGGCUGGUUCAAAUGUGCUCCCCUCCAGUGUAGCUGGUAUCAGUAAAGAGCUAGUAGAACUUCAGCACCUCAUUCAGUUCCCAGAGGAGGUUGCUAGUAUUCUGACUGAACAGGAACAGGAUCUCUACCGAAAGAUCUUGCCCAUUGACUACCUCUGCUUCUUAACCAGGGAUUUGGGUAAUGCUGAAUGUCAGAGCAAACUUCCAUGCAUUAAAGCUUCCAUAUCUGCGACUAUUCUUUCUUCCCAAAAUGGUGAACACAAUGUUGUUGAAGAUCUCGUGACAAGAUUUAAUGAGGUGAGCUCUUGGGUUACAUGGUUGAUCCUUACUGCCGGUUCUAUGGAGGAGAAACGAGAAGUCUUCUCAUAUUUAGUACAUGUGGCAAAAUGCUGCUGGAACAUGGGAAACUACAAUGCCGUAAUGGAAUUCUUGGCAGGGCUUAGGUCUAGAAAAGUUUUAAAAAUGUGGCAGUUCAUGGAUCAAUCUGAUAUUGAAACCAUGCGAAGUCUGAAGGAUGCUAUGGCACAACAUGAAUCAUCCUCUGAAUAUCGGAAAGUGGUAAAUCGUGCUCUGAAUAUUCCAGGCUGUAAAGUAGUUCCUUUCUGUGGUGUAUUUUUAAAGGAGCUUUGUGAAGUUCUAGAUGGAGCAGCAAGCCUCAUCAGACUUUGCCCGCAGUAUAAUUCCCAGGAUGAAACAUUAGAGUUUGUUUCAGAUUACAGUGGGCAAGAUAAUUUCUUGCAACGAGUAGGCCAAGAUGGUUUAAAUAAUACAGAAAAAGAAUCAACAGCAAACAGUAUCUUUCAAACCAUUCGGAGUUGUAACCGCAGUUUGGAAUCUGAAGAAGUUGAAGACAAUUUUAGUGAAGGAGGCAAUUCAAGAAAAAACUCUUUGAAGGAUAGAAACCGAUACCAGUUUAUAAUUGGAGAUCUCUCAGAUUCAGAAAGUGACAUAUCUGAGCAGUCAAAAGAGUGGGACACAAAUACAACUGAAGAGCAGCAAAAAGCAUACAGUCAUGGAAUAGAACUCAUUCCCUGGUAUGUUUUAUCAAUCAGAGCUGAUGUCCAUCAGUUCAUGCUACAAGGGGCAACUGUCAUACAUUAUGACCAGGAGAUGCAUCUCUCAGCACGCUGUUUUCUUCAGCUUCAACCUGACAAUAGUACUUUGACAUGGAUAAAACCCACCACAGCUUGCCCUGCAAAUACUAAAGUAAAACUGGGUGCGCUAGGUAGCACUGCUGAGCUUGGUAAAUUUCAGUUUCUUGGCAGUACUGGAUUGAAUGGACUGGUGGAAGGUUUCUUGGAUUUGUUUUCAGCAAAGGCUGUGUACAUGGGGCACCCUGGCAUUGAUAUGCACACUGUGUGUGUUCAAAAUAAACUGUGUAGUAUGUCCCUUGAAGAGAAUGGAGUAACACUACUAUAUGGACUUCAAACUACUGAUAACAAGUUGCUGCACUUUGUGGCUCCAAAAUAUACUGCCAAAAUGCUGUAUGAUGGAUUGCUAGAAUUAACAAAAGCUGUAAGAAAAAUGAGGAAGUUCCCUGAUCAGAGAUUGCAGUGGCUACGGAAACAGUAUGUCUGCCUUUAUCAGGAGGAUGGCAGGUUUGAAGGCCCAACUUUGGCUCAGGCUGUUGAACUGUUUGGAGGCAGACGCUGGAGUGCAAGGAACACAAGCACAGGGGCCCUGACCAGAAGCACUGAGAAACCCAGUGUGCAGAGAAACAACACUCUGGGAAUAAGCACAGCCAAGAAAAAGAAGAAAGUACUCAUGAGGGGUGAAAGUGGAGAUGCUACUGAUGAUGAGAUGGCAACUCGUAAGACAAAAAGUUAUAAGGAAUAUCGUAAUAGAAGUGGUUCUGACCCUCAAGACAUUGAUGAACAAGAAGAAUCAGAUCAGAAUAUCAUGAUUAAUGCCUCUGCCUCUAACACUCUGCCAUCUAGAAGAGCUCAUUCUCUGACUGCAUCUGGAUCUCCUGUCUUAGCACCGGGGGCAUCUGCACCAAUCAGACCAGUCUCCUCUCCUGUAAUGUCAUCUUCAAGCAAGAAUCAGGCUAGUACUUGGAGCAGUAGUAGCUGGCAUGGCCGAGUCAAAGGAGGAUUGAAGGGGUUUCAGAACUUUAUGGUUUCCGAUAGUAAUAUGAGUUUUGUUGAGUUUGUAGAGCUCUUCAAGUCUUUCAGUGUUCGAAGCCGCAAGGAUCUUAAAGACCUCUUUGAUGUCUAUGCUGUACCCUGCAAUCGAUCAGGUUCUGAUUCUACUCCACUUUAUACUAAUCUGAAAAUUGAUGAGAACACCAGUGGACUCCAGCCUGAUUUAGAUUUAUUGACCAGGAAUGUAUCAGAUCUGGGUUUGUUCAUUAAUAGUAGACAGCAACUAUCAGAAAACCAGAGACAGAUAUCUGAUGCCAUUGCUGCUGCUAGCAUUGUAACUAAUGGUACUGGAGUAGAAAGCACAUCACUGGGAAUAUUUGGAGUGGGCAUCCAGCAACUCAAUGACUUCUUAGUGAAUUGCCAAGGUGAACACUGCACCUACGAUGAAAUCCUCAGUAUUAUCCAGAAAUUUGAACCCAGCGUCAAUAUGUGCCAGCAGGGGCUACUGUCAUUUGAAGGAUUUGCAAGGUUUCUGAUGGAUAAAGACAAUUUUGCCUCAAAAAACGAUGAGUCACAAGAGAAUAUUGAAGAGUUACAGCUACCGCUGUCAUAUUAUUACAUUGAGUCUUCACACAAUACAUACCUCACAGGCCAUCAGCUUAAAGGAGAAUCGUCAGUAGAGCUUUACAGCCAGGUUCUCUUACAAGGCUGUAGGAGUGUGGAAUUAGACUGCUGGGAUGGUGAUGAUGGGAUGCCUAUCAUUUAUCAUGGACAUACACUCACUACUAAGAUCCCUUUUAAGGAUGUAGUUGAAGCUAUUGAUCGCAGUGCCUUUAUCACCUCUGAUAUGCCAAUCAUCAUAUCUAUAGAGAACCACUGUUCAUUGCCUCAGCAACGCAAGAUGGCUGAAAUUUUUAAGAAUGUAUUUGGAGAUAAGCUGGUAACUAAGUUUUUAUUUGAGAGUGACUUCUCUGAUGAUCCAAUGCUCCCUUCACCGGACCAACUGAGAAGAAAAGUGCUGCUGAAAAACAAAAAACUCAAAGCCCAUCAAACUCCAGUGGAUAUUUUAAAACAAAAGGCUCACCAGCUGGCAUACAUGCAAGCCCAGGCCAGUAAUGGUGGCAAUGCUGGUAAUCCCACCACUAAUAAUGAAGAGGAGGAGGAUGAAGAGGAUGAAUAUGACUACGACUAUGAAUCUCUCUCUGAUGAUAACAUUCUGGAAGACCGACCUGAAACUAAAUCAUCCAGUGAUAAACUGCAAUUUGAAUAUAAUGAAGAAACUGCCAAGAGAAUAAAGAAGACCGAUUGCAUUACUUAUAACAAUAAAGGAAAGGUUUAUGACAUGGAACUGGGUGAAGAAUUUUAUCUUCCACAAAAUAAGAAGGAAAGUAGACAGAUAGCACCAGAGCUCUCAGAUCUUGUCAUCUAUUGCCAAGCUGUGAAAUUCCCUGGCCUGUCAACGCUAAACCCAUCUGGCUCUAGCAGAGGAAAGGAAAGAAAAAGCAGGAAGUCCAUUUUUGGCAACAAUCCGGGCAGACUAAGCCCUGGGGAGCCAGCAACGCUUGCCAAAGCAUCUGGAAAAGGUCCUUUUGAGGGUGCCCGGCAAACCUGGGAAGAACUUUGUUCUCCUCCUUUCAACCCUACAACUUCUCUCAGUGCUAUCAUAAGGACACCUAAAUGUUAUCAUAUCUCUUCACUGAAUGAGAAUGCUGCCAAACGUCUGUGCAGACGGUAUUCUCAGAAACUGAUUGAGCAUACCACCUGUCAGCUAUUGAGAACAUAUCCUGCUGCCACACGCAUUGACUCUUCAAACCCCCAUCCCCUUAUAUUCUGGCUCCAUGGAAUACAGCUUGUGGCAGUUAACUAUCAAACUGAUGAUCUCCCUCUGCAUCUUAAUGCAGCGAUGUUUGAGGCGAAUGGUGGCUGUGGGUGUGUUUUGAAACCCCCUGUUCUGUGGGACAAGAACUGUCCAAUGUACCAGCAAUUUUCUCCAUUAGACCGAGAUCCGUAUAAUAUAGAGCCAGCUAUAUAUUCUUUAACAAUUGUGUCUGGACAAAAUGUUUGUCCUAGCAACAGCACAGGAAGUCCAUGCAUUGAAGUUGAUGUACUUGGGAUGUCUUUGGAUAGCUGCCAUUUCCGCACAAAACCCAUACAUCGCAAUACUCUCAACCCCAUGUGGAAUGAACAGUUUCUCUACCGGGUUCACUUUGAGGAUCUGGUCUUUCUUAGAUUUGCAGUUGUUGAAAACAACAGCUCAGCUAUAACUGCUCAAAGAAUCAUUCCACUAAAGGCUCUAAAAAGAGGGUAUAGACAUCUCCAGCUACGAAACCAACACAAUGAAGCCUUAGAAAUCUCAAGCUUAUUCAUAAACAGUCGGAGGAUGGAAGAAAAUCCCUCUGGGAAUGUUGUGCCUACUUCUUUGUUGUUUAGCACAGAAGAGAAGAGAACUUCAACGUUGUACAAGGUCACAAUACAUGGAAUUCCAGGCCCUGAACCCUUUACUGUUUUUACUAUAAGUGAAGGGACUACAGCAGCACAGCUUCUUCAUCAAAUUUUGGCUACCACAAAAAGCACUGAAUCACAUGCUCCAGAUUAUUUUCUGAUGGAGGAAAAAUGUUUUAUAUCUAAAGAAAAGACUGAGUGCAGGAAACCACCAUUCCAGAGGGUGAUUGGCCCUGAGGAAGGGCUAGUACAGCUUUUGAACAGCUGGUUCCCAGAAGAAGGAUAUGUUGGAAGGAUUAUCUUUAAAACCCAAGAGGAAAAUUUGAAUGGGAGAAACAAUUUUCAAGAAGAGAAAGAAGAUGCAAACAUUAGUUCUGAAGACGAUAGUUUCUUUGUUCAAGUGCAUGAUGUUUCCCCAGAGCAGCCUCGCACUGUCAUCAAAGCUCCCCGCUUUAGCACAGCACAGGAUGUCAUACAACAGACUCUUUGCAAAGCCAAGUAUUCCUUCAGCAUUCUGAGUAAUCCCAACCCAAAUGACUAUGUCCUCUUGGAGGAGGUGACGAAAGAGCUAGCAAACAAAAAGUCAACAUCUAAGCCAUCACAGAGAAUUCUCUCUGAUCAAGAGUGUGUGUUUCAGGCUCAGAGCAAGUGGAAGGGAGCAGGGAAGUUUAUCCUUAAACUUAAAGAACAGGUUCACGCAGCACGGGAUGAUAAAAGAAAAGGCAUUUCAUUUGCCAGUGAACUUAAGAAAUUAACCAAGUCAAGUAAACAGUAUCGUGGUUUUACAUCAUCACCUUUGCAGAGCUCAUCAGACAAUACCCAGACUAAAGAUGAAAAAUCUGCAGGCAGUUUGACAUUUAGUGACAAUAUGGAAUAACAUCCAUAAAUGCCAGCAGUAUGUUCUAUGCAGGUGACUUUAAAGGCCCUAAAAUGGCCAAGACAAAAAGUCUGAGACUGACAAAACCAGAGUGAGAUAGAGGAAAUAUGACAAUCUUUCUCCACAUAGCCUUGCAUUUACUUGAUAACUGGAACCAACAUCACAGAUUCCUGAUUUAAGAUAUCUUUCUGCAUUCUCCAUGAAGGAAACUGCGGAGGCCUAAACUAUUCAGCGCUAGCUUGGCCUAUUCCAGACUGUGCUUCUUGGUGACAGAUACAGAUCUAGUAAUGCUGAGUGGGAUGUUACAGUUUCUAAUGUUUGGAAAGACGCUUGCCAGCAUUUGAAAGAGAGAUUCCUUUCUUCCCAAAUAUCGUCACAUCUGCAAAAUCUGAAGAGGAAGAUUAAGCAGAUUUCUUAAAUUGUACUUUGUAAACAGAAACAUGUCUCUUUUAAUAAACAAAAGAUAUAACUAAUUGCUUUAAGGGAAGAGAAUUAGAACUAGACUGUUCUGUGUAUUGUAUGAAAAUAAUGCACCUUUAAUGGGUCCUGUUCAACACUGUUAGGUGAUUGUAAAAAGAUUUACAUAGACUGUAACUUUCUUGGCAUCACAGAUUUAAUUUUGGUGAUAAACCAUAAAUAACUAUGGUAAGCGUUUUGAGUAUAUCUACGUUCACAAAAUAAUCAUGUACAAACAGCUAACUACACCUAAUUGAUAGUGGUAUUUUGACAAGGAACAACAUUUUCUUCAUUCAAAUUCUAGUUUUCCAGGCUUGUGUUUCAAGUAAAAAUGAUUAUUUAUUUUCAUGUUCCAAGAUAUGUGUCACUGUGUAAUAUAUUUAUCAUACUGUACUUUUUAAAAACUGCAGCUUCAUCUUUUAGGGGGAAAUAGUAAUUAUGUUCUGUUGAAAAGAAACAUUCAGAAAAUAACUAUUGGAAGCAUGCAAUUGCUUAACAUUUCAAUUGUGAAAUCAUAGUAAAAUAAUCUCAACAUUAGUGUGUGUUAGAGAAUGGAAAAUAUUAUAGUCAUCUAAAUAUUUUUUAUAAAUGAGAAAAUAACUUCUGCUUAUAUCCAGAGUGUGUAAAGAACCCAGGCUACUCCAUUUAUUUUCCAAUAUAAACCGUGACAUGUUUAUGUAGAAGCACUGCUGUAAAGUUUUGUAUAUGUCUGAAAUCAUGAUUUUUUAAAGACGUUAGUUAUAGCUGUAUAUUUUCUUCAGUGUUAGUAAAAAGCAGUUCAUACUGAUUUAUACAAAGUAAGGGCACAAUUGAAACUGCCAUCCUUCUGAUGUCCAUACACAAGAACCUUGUCUAGUAACUAAACUGUUCAGCACAAGCUUUGUCUACAGUUCAGCCCCUAUGACUGACGCAGGGAUUGCUGUAGAUGAAUAAAUCAAGAAAUGGCAAAUCAGUUAAUUAAGUUGAUAGGACAGAAAGAGAAGCAAGGCUCCAUUAAACAAUCUGAAGUUGAAUGAAAUGUAGGGAGAUGAUUCAAGCACUCUGAUUAGCUAAUAUAAAGGGUAUUAAUUCUCUGUGCUGGAGGGACUACAUCCCCGGAAUGUCCUCUAGCACAAAAAGCUGCUGUUUCUAAAGAGAAUACAAAAGAAGUUAGAAAGCACCUAUCACCUUGUUGUGUGCAGGAAGUGCCCUCUUCAGGCUGAUUCCAACAUUAGAAAAAAAAAUAAACUACACAUUCAAAACUCCCUUACUGAGGCAUACCCAGCAGUCAUUCACUGAACCCACACACUUAUUUUGAAAUUCACCUGUCUUUAUCCCAUUUUAAAAAUAGUAACCAUACCAGCUAUCUAUUCUGAAGUCUGAGAAAUUAGCAAUAUUUUCAAGCAGUGCCAUGUCACUUGUCUAAACGUGGUUUUUAGAGUUACACUGGAGAAGAUUACAUAGAUAUUUUGAAAAGUGAGUAGGCAUGUAGCAGCCACUGACUUCACAGGACACUAAGCUGCUUAGGUUCUUAUGAAAAUGCCACUAGUCACCUAGCUGCAUCUUUUUUGAAAAUGGGCCUUAGGCCUCUCAAUUACUUCAGAUUUCAGGACUGUUUAUGGUGAACAAAAAUAGCUGCUCGAAAGUCUCUAUGCUGCUCUUCGAUCUAGUCCUUCCAGGUCUAAUUCCAUGUCAGUCCCACUGUGAGAGAUGCAGGAAAUUCAGUCUCCACGGCACAUAACUGAUGUUAAGUGAAAUUACAUGGUGUUUUAUUACCCCUUCAAGCAAUAGUUGCAUUGAUAGUAUAUAACUACUGUAUAUCUUUCAUGUCCUUUGGCUAGAGCUUAGAUGAAGGUCUGAUCCCUUUUUUUUAAAAUGUUUUAGUGUGUGUAUGUAUAUAUAUAUAUAUAUAUCCCCUGCAUUGGUUGUUAAAUCCAGUUAGAUGCAUGAAAAUAUUUUUUUAAUAAAAAAUUUACCCUUCAUUUGAUAAAUGGAUUCUCCACCUAUUUCCAUUAGCACUGAAAGUAUGAUGGUUGGUUCCUGCCAAA